GGAAGGUGUGUUUCAGGUGUUUAAGAGAGUAGAGAGGACAGCGCAGUCAAAGACACGAUACUCAAACGAGACUCGUGUGGUUUGUUGAUCCACUGAACCAGGUUUCAGGGAUCCCUGAUGUGCUGCUACCAUCACUGAGGAGGGAUUUUAAAACCUGCAGCCUCUAGAAAUCAUCCGCAAGACAGACGGUCACGAUGGGAAGCUACAACCCACCGGGGCACGUUGCCGCACCAGUUCUUAAUAUCUUGCUGGUCGGCCCCAGGCGAACUGGCAAGAGCUCGACUGGUAACACCCUGCUGGGCCGGUGGCCAGUUUUUGAAACCAGGGGAGGCGGGGCCAGCACGAUUGCCAGCGCCAUCACUGCUGGAUGGCACAUGAGCGUGGUGGAUGCACAGGGCUGGGGAUUAUCUGAGGAGUUCGUCCCUGAAGAGGAGAAGCGUGAACUGCUGAGAGCGAUGUCGCUCUUUGGACCUGGAGGACCUCACGCUGUUCUGUUAGUGGUCCCGCUGGACUUCACCGAGGCGGAGGGGAGAGCGGUGGAGAGGAGGAUGAAGAUCCUCACCUCUGAAGUCUGGAAACACACCAUAGUGGUGUUCACAUGUGGUGACCGGAUAAGGCGAAGCGGGCGCAGCGUGGAGGAGCACAUCCAAUCAGGAGGCCCUGCCUUGCAUUGGCUGAUGGAGAUGUGUCGCUAUCGAUACCACGUGUUCGAUAACAAGGCGGGCGUCGCUGGCAGGCAAGAUAGAAAAACGCAGGAGGCGAAGGGAGACGGGGGGAGACAGGAAGGGAACUGGCAGAAGAAAACUGACAAGCCGGUGGGAAGGGAGAGAGCAGGAGGUGAGGGAGGUGUGAGAAAGGGAGGUGAGCGGGAGCAGGUGAGAGAGCUGCUGAGCAAAGCAGAGAACAUGUUGCAGGAGAACAGAGGAUGGCACUUCUCCCUUCACAUGUACCAGAGGAUGGAGAGGGAGUGGAGACACAGAGAGCAGGAGCUGAGAGCUCGAACAGAGGCAGAGACAAAGAUAAACAUGGAGCAGGAGCAGAGGUUAGAGACCGGAGAGGAAGAGCUGCGAGACAGCCCGAGGAAAGAGCGAGACAAGAAAGAUAAAUGUGUGGAGAGGAAGAUGAAUAGAAGGCAAGAUAAAGAGCAGAGAGGGUUUAUAGAGCUGAAGAGGCUGAGCAGGGAGGAGGACGGGUGGGCUCUGAGGGUGGAGGAGAGCGCUAAAGGGAAAAGUGGAAUGAUUGCACCAUUCGAGCCUAAUGGGGGUCAAAGGUUAGCCUUUAGUCCAAUUAGAGGGCUCGUCUAAAUGCUCACAAACACUGUUCAUCGUCCACUUGUGACACAUUUAUUCUUUCACCCCGUGACACUGAAUCCUUGACGAACGCACCAGCGACAAACCUCAGAACUGUGGCUCGUCGGGCCGGGCUUCAGGACGUUUUAGCAGAAAUGACUGUUUUUACUCCAGCAAUGUGAAAUGUGAAAGGAAUAGUUCCUUUAACGGUCGUGACGUGUAAAUACAACCCCAGUUCUACACAAGUUCUUGCAUGUUGCAGGCAUCAAAUUCAUAAGGAGUGUAUAUAUACAGAAAGCACUUUGUCUUUGUUCUGUA